AUGGAUGGUUCUAAAUACUCCGGAUACCAAGGUGCUUACGACUUUGAAUGGGCGGUGAAAUUAAAUCGUAUCGUUCUCGACUUGAUCGGACUCUGGCCUAAAACCGCGCAAAGCCCGCGACAGAAGUUAUUGUGCGAUCUUCGUGUGCUCGUCGUUUUUCUGGGGGUAACUCUCGGCCUUCUGAUCCCUUCUAUACACUCUCUGAUAAGAAUUCACGGGGAUAUCAUGCUGAUGAUAGAUAAUUUACAAUUCACUUUACCAACCAUAAGCUGCUCGAUAAGAAUUGUGAUCUUUUGGUGGAAGAAAGAAGCUAUCAUACCGAUCAUGGACAUGAUCGCGGAAGAUUGGGUAAGGUCCAAGAGCGCGCGAGAGAGAAGAAUGAUGAUCAAGAGGGCGCGGAGCGCGCACAUAAUUAUCUCAUGCGCGUAUUGCAUAAUGGGAGUAGGAUGCUUCUUUCUCAUCAUUUUGCCAGCUUUCGGUGUGUCGAUGAGACUGACGCCGAACAUCACUGAUCCGGGGAGACCGAUGCCUCUGCAAACCUAUUACGUCUAUGACGUGACAAGGCGGCCGCAGUACGAGCUGACAUUUAUCAGUCAGGCCAUCUACAUUGUUCUUGCUAUGAUGUCUUAUACCGGAAUUGACAAUUUUCUCGGUCUGUUGGUAUUUCACAUAUGCGGACAACUGGACAUUCUCACGGAUCGUUUGGCGCAUUUGGAUAAAUAUAUCAAUUCACGUGGCAUACUGAGAAACUGCGUGGCGAAACAUGUCUGUUUGCUCAGAGCCAUCGAUGUGAUCGAAGAUACGUACAAUAUAACGCUUCUCGCGUUAUUCCUGUACUUUGCGAUACUCUUUGCUUUGUAUUGUUUCCGGAUAAUUAGCCUAUUCGAUGAAGGAAAUAAUCUAUCGCUCGUACACGUAGUGUAUUUCACAUCCAACGUUUUCAAUAUUUUUGCGCAUAUGUGCUUAUAUUGUGCUCUCGGCGAGAUUUUGGUGGCCCAGUGUAACGAGAUAUAUUAUGCGGCGUACAGUAACGAAUGGUAUUCGGUGAAUUCAAAGAAUGCUAGGGAUUUAUUGCCAUUAUUGAUCAGAGGUGCUAAACCGAUCUAUCUCACCGCUGGAAAAGUGUUUCCCAUGACAAUAGCUACAUUCUGUGGGCUAAUAAAAACAUCAGCUGGUUAUAUAUCUGUUUUGCAUACAACGAGAAAUUAAUGAAGAAGUGAGAUAAAUAUAAUUUUUCAUGUAAUUUUUGACGGAUACGAUAGCUUUGAAAAAAAAACUGUUAAAUUAUCGAAUAUAUUGUUUAUAAAUAAAUUAUAAAUCUUGUUGCACAAUUUGAUUGAAAUAUGUUACGGAAAUAUUCUCCUUGUACAAGGAGGUUGAGGUAGAGAAGCCUAAAAUUAAAAUUAAAAUGAACAUACUCAUGUACAUACAUU